AUGGUUGUUCUCUUUCUUCCGUCCAGCUCUUUGUUCUCCGAAUAUGGGGAACCUUCGAACGGCCUUUUCGAGCAACGAACGUCAGCUCAUGGGGGCAUUUUCUUGCCCGGUCAGGAUUAUACGCCUCUGACCUUCCAGGUUCCAAUUUCGCCCAGGGCGGAAGAUUCGCUGAGCGAGCAUACAGUGGAUCCGGCAAUUCUGGAGGGGUGCCGUCUUCCACCUGCAGAAAAGAAUACCAUCGGAGCUGCAUCUGGUUGCGCGACCUUCCGACCUCGAUCUUCCAAAGUCAAUAAACCCUCUGUCGUUAUCGAUACUCGUUCUCGAAAGAGGUCCGCGCGGUUACCUCGGGGGGCGAACGGCAAGAAGGCAUCGUUCUCCACAAUCCUGGCCCAUUUUUCUGCUUUGACAGCAGAGGACCGGAUGCAAUUCCUGUCCUGGCUGUUCGAAGGCGCUCUCUCUCAAUGUCUCAUUUCGCCCCCGAGUCUAACCACAACUUCAUCACGAGCCGCCUCGAGAGCGCGUGCUGUAUCGUGCACUGACUCUUCAUCCGACUCGGAAGAUUCUCCCGUGUACUUACACUCCUCAAGGAAAGACCUCACAUGGUCAGAGGAAGAAGAUAGACUACUAGUGAAGCUCAAGGAGCAGGAGAAACUAACAUGGCCGGAAGAAAUUGGCCGGUUUGGUCAGGUCUUUCCCGGAAGAAGUUCGGGCUCCAUUAAGGUACAUUGGAGUACAAAGGUCAGCAAACGAUAUUGA